UAAAACUGCGCAGAACUCCCUCCAGUUGUCCCAUUUCAUACCUCUCACUGUCCCGCAGCGCCUCGGUCCUCUCUGCAGCCUCACCACCACAGCUUCACCCAGCUCCACAACACCAGAUCACAACAUGUCCACCAAGGUUGCCAUAGUAACGGGCAGUAACAAGGGCAUCGGCCUGGCCAUCGUCCGAGCCCUCUGCAAGCAGUUCCAAGGAGACGUUUACCUGACCGCCCGAGAUGUAGGCCGCGGUCAGGCAGCAGUGGAGUCUCUGGCCUCAGAGGGACUGAAGCCCAUGUUUCAUCAGCUGGACAUCAACGACCUGAACAGCAUCACCGCCGCUGCUGCUUACUUCAAAGAGAAGUAUGGAGGAGUGGACGUGCUCGUCAAUAAUGCUGCGAUAGCAUUCAAAGUGGCAGACACAACUCCUUUUGCAGUCCAGGCAGAGGUGACCCUUAAGACAAACUUCUUCGCCACCAGAGACAUGUUGACUCACUUCCUGCCGCUCAUCAAAGCGGGAGGUCGCGUGGUGAACGUCUCCAGCUUUGUCAGCUCCCGCACUCUGAACCAGUGCAGCCCGGCCCUGCAGCAGCGUUUCCGCAGCGAGGACAUCACAGAGGACGAGCUGGUGGGACUGAUGCAGCAGUUCGUCGACAAGACCAAGACGGGCGAGCACAAGCAGGCCGGCUGGCCGGAAACCGCGUAUGGAGUGUCCAAAACUGGGCUGACGACCCUGUCCAUGAUCCUGGCUCGUCGUCUGUCCAAGGAGAGACCGAGUGACGGGAUCUUGCUGAACGCUUGCUGUCCAGGAUGGGUGCGCACCGACAUGGCUGGUCCCAAAGCCCCCAAGUCACCAGAAGAGGGUGCUGUCACUCCAGUCUACUUGGCCCUGCUGCCGCCCGGAGCAACAGAGCCUCACGGAAGAUUUGUCUCCGAAAAAGAGGUUCAGCAGUGGUGAAAGGGUUAAAGGGGGUGUGUGUGUAUGUGUGUGUGUGAGUAAAUGAACGAGUGUUAGCGUUUCAAUUAAAACUCUGAUUUGCCCAAAACUUCCAUACAGAAUUGUUGUAAUUUUCUUUUCAAAUAGAAGUCUGUCUACCAUUUCUACCAUGUCAGACAAUCACACAUCACACAAUCUGGACUAUGACUACAUUUAAAGGAUUACAGUAACACACAUCAGGUAUAUGAAUUUUAACCAAAUGGUUAUGUAUGUAAAUCCUUAACCCCAUAACCAAAAAUACUCACAUUAUUCUAGGGAACCCUGCUGUGUGUGUAUGUGUGUGUCUGCAACAAUAAUCAUGCAUUACUCUGUGUAAAUGCUGGCUAAUUACUGGUGCUUUUGAUAGAACUCCAUUUUUGCUUUGUUUCACUUUGCCUUGAAACAUUUUUAUAUUUUUUACAUGAAAAUUUGCCUUAAAUGGAUGAAACUUAAAAUGAAAUCAAAGAAAAUAAAAUUUCUUUUCUUGCAAAAAUA